AUGCCCUCCGUCAGGGAGCUGAUGCGCCAGGAGAAGCUGCGGCGGCAGCAGCAGCGGGAAGCAGCAGAGCGGGCGAAGGCAGCAGCAGCAGCAAAAGCAGCAGCAGAGGCAGCAGCAGCAGCAGAAGCCGAAGCAGCAGCAGCAGCAGCAGCAGCAGCAGCUGCUGCUGCUGCUGCUGCUGCUCCCAAGCAGCCAGAAGCGCCGUCUCAGGUGCUGCAGGGAUACAGCGAUGAGGAAGAAGAACUUUCGGAAGAAAAAGAAAAAGAAAAAAAUGAAAUAAAUGAAAUAAAAGAAAAAAAAGAAAAAAAAGAAAAAAAAGAAAAAAAUGAAUUUAAUGGAAUUGAAGGACUUCCUCCAGACUUCUUCGACGAUCCCCAAGAGGCAGCUCGUGCUGCGCAGCAGCAAGACAGCGAGCCCCCCACGCCCGAAGCAGCAGCAGCAGCAGCAGCAGCAGCAGCAGCAGCAGCAGCAGCAGAGGAGGACGACAGCGAGGAAGUGCUGGGCUACGAAAUUGAAGAGCCAGAUGAGUCCCUGCUGCAGCCGCUGGUGGCGGAUGUGACAGAAGAUUUAGAAGCAGAUCCUGCUGCUGCUGCUGCUGCUGCAGCACCAGCAGCAGCAGCAGCAGCAGCAGCAGGAGCGGCAGAAGCAGCGCCCGCAGCAGCGAAUGCAGCACCCGGAGCAGCAGCAGGGGCUGCAGCAGCGGAUACAGCCGCUGCCGCAGCAGCAGCAGCCCCUGCAGCAGCUGCUGCAACAAAAGAAGAGCCCCAGCAGGCAGCAGCAGCAGCAGCAGCAGCAGCAGAGGAGGAUGCAGCAGCAGCAGCAGCAACUUCUUUCAUCGUGAGCAGCUUAGAGCUUUCCACGGCUGUUGAUGAGGCGCGCUGGUACAGCCCCUUCUCGACAGCCCUUCACAGCGAGGUUCUGGUGGAGGAGGAGCGGAUACAGCAGCAGGAGCGUCGGGCGCAGGAGGUGGCGCGGCUGCGGAGCGAAGCAGCAGCAGCAGCAGCAGCAGCAGCAGAAGCUGCUGCGAAGGGGAAGCGGAAGCGGAAGGCCCAGCAGCAGCAGCAGCAGCAGCAGCAGCAGCAGCAGCAGGGCGAGCUGCCGUGGGGCUUCUUCGACGACUUCGACAAAGACGCAGCAGCAAGAGGCGAAGUGGGGCCUUCCGAGCUGCUGCGGCAGCAGCAGCAGCUAAAUGAAAAGAAGCAGCAACUUGUUGCAGACAUAAAAGAAGGAAAACAAGAAGCAGCACAACUGCAGCAAGACAUAAAAGCUUUUGUGGGGCAGGUGCUGCUGCUGCAGGCGGAGCAGCAGCAAAUCGAGAAGCAGCUGCACGCCCUCAAGCAGCGCGCCCUCGCCCUCAAGCAGCAGCAGCAGCAGCAGCAGCAGCAGCAGCAGCCGAAGCAGUGCAAGACCGAGCCCGCCGACCAGGCCGGCAGCGCUGCUGCUGCAGCAGCAGCAGCAGCAGCAGCAGUGAAGGAAGAGAAGCAGCAGCAAAUGGACUCAGCAGCAGAAGACGAGUCCAGCGAAGCAGACUCCGACGCAGACGAUGACACAACAUGGCGCAGCAAAUGUCUUGCCUGA